AUGGCUUACCAUUCUUCCCGUACGCCCCACUUCACCGUGGGCUUCCUAAUCUAUCUACUAGUCUUCUCCGUCUUCACAGUGGCCGAAUCGGUGACCCCACGCCAUACUUCCAUCAUCCGCUUCGGGGAUUCGAUGACAGACACAGGAAACGCUUUGAUCGCCGAGCCAGAGCUCAACCAAGUCCUUGGCAACCUACCCUACGGAACAACAUACUUCGGACUUCCGACGGGCCGGCAAUCCGACGGCCGCCUUGUUGUGGAUUUCAUCGGUACACCCUUUUCCGUGUCUUGCCACCGUAGAAAACCAUGA